UGACAGGACGUUGCGUCGUGAAUGUUUGCUCCUCCUUCCUGUUGGUUGCGUGAAAAUCCCUCCAUGAAGGCAAGACUGCGGGAUUAGCGCUUGAGGAAGAUUUAGAGGCAGUCACAUGCUGCGCUUUUCUUCUCUGAGGGAACAUACAUGGACGACCUAUGCCAGGCUGACGAGGGGGAACCCAAUCUCAGGAUGAGCCACCGACAGGACAACAAAGCUGGGAUGUAAGUGGGCAUUUAGGGCUCAUGGGACAGCACCCCCAAAUGUCCACUUCAGGGAUCAGCCCGGCGAUGGCGCCUCCAUCAUCACCGUGGAUGAGUGGAACCCCCCCGCUGCAGGCUUCUCUCUCACCCAAAAAGACCACCUUCCAGUCUCUGGGCUCGCUGUCGCCGGGCGUGUUCUCACCAUCCAGCCCCAAGAUGCCAUCCAACCCCCCAAACUCCCCCACCAUGUCCAUCAUGAGCUCACCUAAACUGUGGCAGAAAGCCUCCAUCUCCAGGCUGGCAGAGGAGUUUUUCUGGAUCGGGGGGAGUGUGGUCGCCCAGCCAAAAUGGAGGCUGGGGCAGAUAGUGGAGAGGUCCAUGUGCACCAUGCAGAUGGGAACACAGAUGAGCAAACUGAAGGGAAAGAAGAAGGGCCUUGUGAGGUUUUACUACCUGGACGAGCACAGGUCCUGCAUCAGGUGGCGGCCAUCCAAGAAACAUGACAAAGCCAAAAUAACUAUUGACUCCAUCCACGAGGUGUGCGAGGGCAAAAAGUCGGAGGUCUUCAGGAGGUACGCAGACAACCGCUUUGACCCGAACUGCUGCUUCAGUAUUUACUACGGCGAGCGCGUCAAGUCCCUGGACUUGGUGACCACCAAUGCCGAGGAGGCCCGAACAUGGAUCACCGGGCUGAAGUACCUCAUGGCUGGCAUCAGCGACGAAGACAGCCUGGCUCGAAGGCAACGCACCAGAGAUCAAUAUCCUUCAUGCAAUAAUCAUUAUUCUCCAACUGUGGUACGAGUACCACAUGAGCAGACUUUCUCUGAGGCAGACAAAAACGGCGAUGGCACCUUAAGCAUCGGAGAAGUUCACCAGCUGCUCCACAAGCUCAACGUCAAUCUACCCAAGCAGAAAGUCAGGCAGAUGUUCCAAGACGCAGACACGGACGAGAACCAGGGCACCUUGGGUUUUGAGGAAUUCUGUUCGUUCUACAAGAUGAUCUCCACGCGAAGAGACCUCUACCUUCUCUUGAUAUCCUACAGUAAUCAGAAAGAAGUCAUGGACCUGCAUGACCUUGCCCGCUUUUUAGAGAAUGAGCAGAAGAUGCGAGGUCUCGCCAGAGAGCACCUGGUUGACAUAGUGGCCAAGUUUGAGCCGUGUCCUGAGAACCUGCAGCGCAUGGUCCUGGGAAUAGACGGUUUCACCAACUACAUGCGAAGCCCAGGUGGGGAUAUCUUCAACCCGGAGCACAACGAGGUCAACCAGGACAUGACACAGCCUCUGUGCAACUACUUCAUCGCCACAUCACACAACACCUACCUGACUGGGGACCAGCUAUUGUCUCAGUCCAGCGUGGAGAUGUAUGCUUACGUCCUCCAGGCUGGAUGCCGCUGCGUGGAAGUGGACUGCUGGGAUGGACCAGAUGGGGAGCCCAUCAUCCACCACGGGUAUACCUUGACCUCGAAAAUACUCUUCAAAGAUGUCAUUGAAACCAUCAAUAAAUACGCCUUCACCAAAUCACAGUACCCAGUCAUUUUGUCCAUAGAGAACCAUUGCACGGUACCGCAGCAGAAAAAGAUGGCUGAGUACCUAAGAGAGGUGUUGCAGGACAAGCUGGACCUGUCCCACGUCAACAUCUACGAAUGCAAGAAGUUGCCGUCCCCUGAAAUCCUGAAGGGGAAAAUAUUGGUGAAGGGAAAGAAGCUCCCGGCAAACCUUGACCCUGAUGCUGAGGAAGGAGACGUGUCUGAUGAAGACACGGGGGAUGACAAGGAAGACGAUGAUGAGGAGGAAGACGAUGAGAAUUCACAGGACGAGAACAGCGGUCUCGCUGCACGCCAACCAAAGAAGAAGAAACGAUUCGGCAGAUCAAUCAUGAGGAGCUUCAAACGCAAGAGAAAAAAGAGAAUCCGAGUGAGGAGUCAAGGCAGGUCUGAUGGAGAGUCGGACUACAGCAGCAGCAGCAGGGACAGGACACAGAUUGUUUAUCACCCCAAGAAGAGGAAAACAAUGAGGCUGUCCCGCGCUCUCUCUGACCUCGUCGAGUACACAAAAUCCGUCCGAGUGCAUGACAUAGAAACACAAGCGUUUGCCAAUAGUUGGCAGGUGUCGUCGCUCAAUGAGACCGUCAUGAACCAGAUCCUGCAGCUGAAGCCCGGUCCACUGGUCCGCUUCAACCAGCGCCAACUCCUCAGAGUCUACCCGUCCAACUACAGGGUGGACUCCAGCAACUUCAACCCGCAGCCCUACUGGAAUGCAGGAUGUCACAUGGUGGCCAUGAACUAUCAAACAGAGGGGCGCAUGCUUGAACUGAACCAAGCCAAGUUCUCAACCAACGGAAACUGUGGAUACAUUCUCAAACCUAAAAUCAUGUGUAAAGGUGCCUUUAAUCCCAAUUUGGAGGAUCCGCUUCCAGGGAAGAAGAAGAUUCAGUUAGUGCUAAAGAUCAUCAGUGGUCAGCAGCUUCCCAAACCCAAAGACUCCAUGUUUGGAGACAGAGGGGAGAUCAUUGAUCCCUUUGUGGAGGUCGAGAUCAUCGGUCUACCCGUCGAUUGUUCAAAGCAGCAAACAAGAGUGGUGGACGAUAAUGGCUUCAACCCCAUGUGGGAGGAGACACUGGUAUUCAACAUUCUAAUGCCACAGAUUGCCCUGGUGCGCUUCCAAAUUUGGGAUCACGACCCCAUUGGACGGGAUUUCAUUGGCCAGAGGACAUUAGCGUUGAAAAGCAUGAUGCCAGGUUAUCGACACGUGUACUUGGAGGGGAUGGCAGAGUCUUCCAUUUUUGUUCAUGUUUCCAUCAUUGACGGCAAGAUAAAGCCCAGCAAUGCCGUCCAAGUGGCCAAAAAGCACAUCCAAAAAGCAGCCCAGAAGCACAUGAAGGGCCACCAAAGGCAGCCAUCCCUCGACUUCUCCGUGCAGUCCUCGGAAGACUGGACCCCUUUGUUCUUCCGCAAGGACGCCGACUCCUUCUCCCAGGACAGCAGGAACACAGACAUGUCUCCACUGGUUCAAGGGCCAGCGGUCAGGGCUGCUGUGCACAAAGGCGCCAUGAGUGAACCCGUGAAACGUGCUCAUAGGGUGAGAAUUCACAAUCCUGCAGAGACCAGGAGAAGGAUCUUCAGCAAGAUGUCCUCCACGGAUUUAAACACGGUGGCUCACUGCGUGUUGGAGGACAGCUUUGACUUAGACACUCGUCCAUGUCCGGACAGUCCAAACGAGGACAGUAAGUGCCCAGCUCCUGACUCGAAUGAACCUCAGUCUUCAGUAUCUGACAGUGCGGAGCUACACACAUUUGGACCAGAGCAUUCGACUGAAACAGGAACAAUCCAAAAGACUGACCCAGAACCACCAGAAGAACCUCCACCUCCAAUCCCGCAACCUCCCUCACACUGGGAAGCCAAAUUCUCCCCUCUUAAUCCUCCGCCAUCCCCUCCACGGGUCCGAAGGACUUUAGAGACCCCGGCCACCCCGAAACCCUCCACCCCAAUACGGACAAAAGCUCGCUCAAGCAGCUGUCCCCGGAAACACAGCAGCUCUCCUCUCACUCCCAUGGUGAUCCGCAAGCCUUCUUCCUCCCACUGGCAGCAGACCUGGCGCCAGGUGCGGACCAUACCCAACGGUCUGUGCUUGUCCGACAGCACAUCCAGCAGUGAUGGCAGCUCAGACAGCCUGGAGUUAAGUGCCAGGACUGUAGCAGCGGGCUCAGAGCAACACGACGGCACCUUGCAGAGAGAGAUGAAGGCGCUUUUUGACAAGAAGAUGAGGGACAUCCGAUGUAAAUCUCCACUUUUUUUUGAUGAACAGGAUUUGUGAGUCAGUAAGCUGGGUUCUUUUUUAGAGGACUACUCCCUGAUAUCCAGACUGGAGUAUUUUACUGAAAUCCAAGUUACUUCAACUUAAGUGGCAUUUUCCUGCUUUUUUGCCGUAUCAAUGGACAUCUGUAGAAAGGGCACCAACACAGAAAGGGUGGGUCUGAGGUGGACCCAGCAAUUCUGAGGUAGUAUGUAACAAUGUGUAACAAAGUAAGUCAGGGUAUUCCAACACGCACUUCUCCUUUCCUGUUGUGUUGAAAGCAAUGGUCGCUGUCCAACAAGUAAUUUAUACGUCACACCAGACGCUGGCACUGACAUCAUGGAGUUAUCUGAUUCAUUUCCCAAAUGUGGAAAAAUGCCAGAUGUACUGUCUCUUUGAAAAAGGUUAUAGUAACCACGAGUUGUUGGGCCUUGCUCGACCGGCUCCGGCUUUGUCGAGCACAAGCGAGAGGUACAGUGGCAAUAAAGGGUCAAAAAGGCAGCUUUCUAUUCUACAAGACAAACCGUAGUACAGUCGUCCCUCAUUUAUCGUGGUUAAUUGGUUCCAGACCUGACAGCGAUAAGUGAAUUUCCGUGAGGUAGGAUUCAAUAUUAAUAAAUUGAAUGUUUUUGUAGUUAGAGCAUAGAAAACUUGUUUAUGACUUUCUAAAUUAGUUUUUUACCAUUAUUAGAGCCCGGUAGACAUGAAAUAACACCCCUAUAGUCACCUUAUACACUACUAUUAUUCUUUGUUUACAUCCCAUUGCGCAACACUAAUGCGCAGGGGGACACAUUUUACUCAACACAUUCACUGAAAACCUUAAGUAUUUUACUAAGACUAAAGUCCAAGCCAGGUCCCAAGUCAUGUCCCAAGUCAUUAACGUCAAAAUCCAAGCCAAGUUGCAAAUCUUUGAUGAUAUUGUCAAGUCGAGUCCAAAGUCAGCAAAAUUGUGAUUUGAGUCUGACUCAAGUCCAAGUCGUGUAACUAAAGUCCACAACUUUGGUACUGAUGAGCCUGAAGAGCCGUAAGAAAAGAUCCAGCAUUUGUUGGUUCGUCUUUCACACAGAACCCAGGGAAUGAAGACGUUGUCACAAAAGUGUGCACUUUUAUACAGUGACAUGCAGAUAAUUGGAUGUUAUUUCCUUGUCAGACAGCUACAGCUACUUUCAACACAACAGGGUGUUACAAUUCACACCCCUUCCCGGCGUUGCGGAAUACUUACACACACAGGCAACUUACCACCACGGACACACGGACACUAAGUCCUAGGCUGUAAAAUAGGCGGGUCGACUUCUGUUCUCCCUUUACACAAAACAGUGACAGAGGGGAAAAUGCCGAGUCCUACAGGCUGUGUGAAAGGGGCUCACCAUGAGAAGGAUGUGAUAGGGUCCCUAAAGCUGGCUGAGAUGGACGGAUGACGCCAAAGACAACCUUGCAAAGCCUCAGCCAAGGCAAAGAUCACAAUAUAACAGGAUUAGACAGCACUCUUACUUUAUUACUUUGUUCAAAUUACCACAAGAAGUGUGUCCAAGUAAAAUGACAAGAAACACACUUGAUAACCACUUUUUAGACACUUUUAAUCGAGUUCAGCCUACUGUAAUAAUUGCAUCCUACUGCAUGCUGACUGUUUACAAAAUGUUUUAUGCAUAUUGCUGUUAGCUCAGUUAGAAUUGUUAAUUGUUCAUGAACAUUUUUGUUAAUUAUUAUUUAACUAACAAUGUGAAUUUUGAAACAAUGAUUUUUUUUUUUUAUAUAUAAGGUACACUAGCUUAACCUACAGUUAGCGGUUCUGUCAAAUGAGAAGAAAAUGAGGUUGUGUCAGUUUUUGAAGGAUGCUUCUAUGCCUUGUCUGUAUCUUUAUCAUCAGCAGGAUCUUGAACGCUGUUUGCAUUCUUGUUCCUGAAACGCAAGCUGAGCUCCUCAGUCAGGACCCGACAGAAGGCUUUCUGUGUGCAGGAUGCAGUAAAAUACAAAAAACUGAAACAGUAUGUCGCUGCAUUUUAGUUGUAUAUGACUGAUAAGUCUGCUAUUGAGCUGCGAGUUCAAGUCUGUGAUUAAAAUGGGAGUUGUAUCCAUAAUGGAUGUCAUUCAGCACAUACCUUCUGCUCUGCCGCAUUGCUGCGACUCCUGGAGGAGAGCUCCAGGACAGCCAGCAGAGCUCCCAGUGUCAGGCCCAGCGCAAGAACCACAAACAUCCCCUUGAGACUGUGUGGCUGCACAGCUGUGGACUUGGCCUUGUCCACCAUGCAGCUGCUGGCCCACCAUUUACUCUGAAGAUAGGCCAGCUCGCCGGCCUCACUCAGCUGCAGGAUGGCCACGCUCAGGUUCUUUAGGAUUGGAGAACCUUUAGAAGACGUAUAUAUUUAUAUAUUGCAUUAAAUCAAAAAGAAGAA